AUGGAGCCGGCCGGGGCCCCGCCGCAGGGCUGCGCCCCGGCCCGGGAGGCGGAGGAGCCCCCGGGGUCCCCGGCCCUCCCCGACGAAGAGCCGCAGGGCGGUCAGCCCGCCGGCUCAUCCCCGGAGGAGGGAUUGGCGCUCGCCGCGGCCGGGCGGGAGCGGUGCCGGAGCCGCCGCGGUACCGGCCCGCAGGGCCCUCCCGGACGGGCGGCGCGGGGCAGGGGGAGGCGGGCUCCGGGCCGGCGCGGAGGGGAGGAGGGGGUCCGAGCCGGCCGGAGGCCCCGGGUCACGGUGGACAGUUCCAAGGCCAAGACCUCGCUGGAGGCGCUGAAGAUCAGCCUGAGGCAGCUCCGCUGGAGGGAGUUUCCUUUUGGCAGACGCUUGCCGUGUGAUAUCUAUUGGCAUGGGGUAUCAUUUCAUGACAAUGAUAUAUUCUCAGGUCAAGUCAACAAGUUUCCAGGCAUGACAGAGAUGGUUCGGAAAAUCACACUGAGCCGUGCCGUGCGAACGAUGCAGGAUCUGUUUCCUCUGGAAUAUAACUUCUAUCCUCGGUCCUGGAUUCUGCCAGAAGAAUUUCCCCUCUUUGUGGAUGAGGUUCGUGUGAUGAAAGACAGUGAUCCAUCUUGGAAGCCUACUUUUAUUGUAAAACCUGAUGGAGGAUGCCAAGGGGAUGGAAUCUACCUCAUUAAAGACCCAAGUGACAUCAGGCUGACAGGAAGCAUCCAGAGCCGCCCUGCUGUGGUCCAGGAAUAUAUCUGCAAACCACUGCUUGUUGACAAACUGAAAUUUGAUAUUCGUCUUUAUGUCUUACUGAAAUCUUUAGAACCCUUAGAGAUUUAUAUAGCCAAAGAUGGACUUUCUAGAUUUUGUACAGAGCCCUACCAAGAGCCCACUCUGAAAAAUUUGCACCAGGUUUUUAUGCACUUAACCAACUAUUCACUGAAUAUCCACAGUGGGAAUUUCAUCCAUUCUGACAAUGCAAACACUGGCAGCAAGAGGACUUUCUCAAGCAUUCUGUGCAGACUGUCUUCCAGAGGAGCUGAUGUCAAAAAGCUGUGGUCAGACAUAAUUUCACUGGUGAUUAAAACAAUUAUUGCACUGACACCAGAACUGAAAGUUUACUAUCAGUCUGACAUACCAGCAGGAAAGCCUGGGCCAACUUGCUUCCAGAUUUUAGGGUUUGACAUUCUCCUGAUGAAAAACUUGAAGCCCAUGUUACUAGAAGUAAAUGCAAACCCCAGCAUGAGAAUAGAACAUGAGCAGGAGCUUUCUCCUGGAGUAUUUGAAAAUGUUCCAAGCCCUGUUGAUGAAGAAGUGAAAGUAGCUGUUAUCAGAGACACUCUUCGGCUGGUGGACCCUCAGAAAAAAAAGAGGAAAGAUAUCCAGUGUCAGACUCUGGAUCCGGUGUCGGAAGCCAAGGAGGAGGUGCUGGAGGCUGGACAGGAGCAGGAUGGUGGCCGUGGUCCUGAGCCUGGGCUCCCUUCCCUCUGCCUCAAGCAAGUGUUCCCCAAGUAUGCCAAGCAGUUCAGCCACCUGAGGCUGGUGGACAGGGUGGCUGCGCUCUUCAUCCGCUUCCUGGGUGUCAAAGGGACAACCAAGCUGGGCCCAACGGGGUUCCGAACCUUUAUAAGAAACUGCAAGCUGAGUAACAGCAAUUUUUCAAUGGCUGCUGUAGAUAUCUUGUACAUUGAUAUUACAAGAAGGUGGAACAGCAUGGGAAUGGAGCACAGGGAAUCAGGGAUGUGUCUCCAAGCCUUUGUGGAGGCUUUCUUCUGCCUGGCUCAGAAAAAAUACAAGUCUCUGCCACUCCACGAGCAGGUGGCAUCACUGAUUGAGUUCUGUGAGGAUCACUUGGCUGCCCUGGACGAGAAGCGCAUGCGGCGGAGCGCAGCGGUGCCCGGGCAGGCAGAGGGACUGCACCUGACACCAGCCCCACACCCCCCCCUCCUGCAUCGCACGGCCACAGCUGGGAAAUGUACAGAUUACAGAAGUCAUCGUUAUUAACAGGGCUGAUUCACCAGGACAGAACUGAUAAUUAAUCCCCAGGUACACAGGGGUGCUGUGGGAGGAGAGGCAGACUCUUGAGUUCCUUCCUCUGGUAGUGGCAAUUAUUUAUUUCAGCUUAUUUAUUUAUUUAUUUAUUUACACUCUUCAAAAAGCUCCCUAUUGGCUACUGAUUUACCACUCUGUUGGACCCAGAGUACCCCUCAGGUGACAAUCUGUGCUUUCAUCCCAAGUGUACAGAAAACCAGCAGUGAGGACAAGGACCAAGCCACGCGGGUGUCAGCCGUGGGUUCACUCGGAUGGAAGGAGUUGCCUUGCUCCCUGUGCCAUGGAAACCCAGUGAGGAGCUGCAGAUCCAAAUACCUGUUGUGGACUUUGAAAAACCAACACCUGGAAUUACACGUGUGGUCAGACUUCAGGCUUUGAGCCUCUUCUUUCAGUGGCUUGGACUGUCUGUGUUGGAAUCAGUACAGAUUUGGUCAUUGUCUAUGCACUUGUUUUUUAAAGUCAGUCUUAAAAACACUGAAAUCAUAACUUUGGCUUGUACUUCUUUGUACAUGUCUUUGCCAUGACAAGUACUGUUAAUUUUUUAAAGAAAAACUACGGAUAUUUAUCCUUUUGCUUCCACAGGACCAAUCAUCUCACACUUACAGAAAGAUUUAUAUCAUUAUGUCAAACUUGGUGAAUCAAGUGGUGGUUUUAUCUUCAGGUACUAAGUGCUGCUGCUGCACACAGUGUGAAGGCCCAAGGGUUCAUUGAAAUUCCAGUGAAACCAAUCCUGUCACUGACUUUAGCUUAAGAUAAUUAUAUUCUAGGUUUGCUUAUUUUUUGCCUUUUGCAUGUUUGUUACCCUAUUUGGACCUAUAGUAACACCUGGAGCAGAUUUGUUUUGUCUUCACAUGUAUUCUUCAUUUUUCCCUUAAGUAACAGUAUAAUUCUGUACAGAGUAGAUUUAUAUUAUUUAACAGGAUGUUUUGUCACAGAUGCUGGGCUAUACCACUGGAGCUGUGCAGAGAAAUCUUAUUUUUCAAGGAAUGAGCCAUGACUUUCAUAAUCAUGUUCUGCUUGAAGGGGGAAUAAUCUGAACUUGGACCUAUGGGGCUGCUCAGAUGAAUUCUUUUUGCUCUCAGAUUUCAUUACAAGAACAUAUAUCUGCAUCUGAAUUUUAUUUCCCUCCUUUGUUCUCUUCUCCAGUGUUAAUGAACCUGCUGGUGUUCUGGUGUUCUCAUAUGUCAGGAACUGCAGGGCUGGGAGAUGGCCUCUGGGUGCUGAGGUUUGGGUCAAAGAACUCCACCUGAGCACAACCUCCUGAUGUUCCAAGGCUGCUGAAUAAGCAACCUGACCUUACCCAAAUGCACACACAGCACUGAGGGAGUUUUUACCGUAGGAAAAGUUCAGGGUUUCUUUCCUGGUGUCUUUUGUAAUCACCAUGACUGUGUCUCUAGAAUGGCACUGCAGUAGAAAACUCAAAAAGAAGCUGGUCCCCAGCAUGUGUGAAUGUCAGGUGUGGACAUCCCUCCUUCUGUCUUUUCCUGUAAGAGCAGUAGGAGAAGAUCUUCUUUACUUCAGCAGUUGGUUUGAAAUUUUAGGUAUUGUAAAUAAGAAGACAAUUGCAGACUAAAGCCACUGCCCUCAGCCUUGUUGAAGUUUCAUAAAGAUUAUUGCAGUAUGAAGAUGAAAUGGCAAACUCCAAGGUCUGGCAUCUGUCAGAACAAAUGAAGCUGAAAAGGUAAUUUUUUUUGCACUUUCAUUGUAAUAUAUUUGAAGACAUUCACAAGUUGAAAAAUGGUUACUUCUCAUUUUGUGACAUCUGACAUUUGUCUUGCAAUUGGCAGCGUGUUCCUAGAAACCAGCUCACAGAUUCUCUCAUCUUGUGAUUGAUGUCCUGUAAAGGCAGAGUUAUAGAGGAGCUGGAUUUGAAACGCUGCAGCUGGGAGUGCCUUUCCUUACAGCUUUCAAGUCAUACAGUCUGUGGCCUGAGCUACUCAGGUUUUGCUUUGUGUAAGUUACCCUGAUCUCCAUGGAAUAAAUUAACUGUUGUAUAUAUUGAACACUGGUAAGAUCUCUCUGUUUUUAGAGAUCUUUAUAUUCUCUGGAUUGAGUUCAGAUUUUUGUAGCCUGUGCACACAGAGGCUGAUGCAGUAUGACCUGCCUGUCUCCCACUUCAAAUAUGAAGGGUCCCUUGUUUGAAUUGUCAAAAUACUGAGUUAUCUGCCUCUAGUAAUCCAGUGUUCAUGUAUUUAUGUAAUUGGAAAAUUGAAUGCCAUAUUAUCCUUGAGGGGGAUAAAACAGAAGUGUACUUCAGAGAUUUAAUGACAAAGCUGCAUUUCUCUUCCCUCCCAUCUAAUGCAAUUUCCUCUGCAUAUUAUCUAGCAUCCAAAGCAAUUUCAUGUAGCCUUUAAGUUACCAGUCUGUGCACACACAAAAAUAACCAGAACCACUUUAUUCAGAACAGGAAUGCCAGUGCACUGAUAAUCUGUUAAUCCUGAGGUAGCUUUCUAGGAAGAGAAACAAUACAUGAAUGGUAGCAGGCAUUGGGGUUUAGUGGUACUUUUCUGUAUAUUAUAUUCUGAGAAAAGCACAGCACUCACUAUUCCAUUAUAUGAAGGUUGCACACCAGUGAAAUCUUGUUGCCAGACACACUGGGUUUAAAUCAGAAUAGAGCACUUAAAUGUGAGGAAAAUUGAGGCAAGUGAGUUUCCACCCAGACAUCCCCCAUCCCUCCAGGUUUCUGCCUAGCCCCAAAGUGCCCAAAUUCACUGGAUGAGUUCUCACUGGAUUUUGAGUUCUUUCUUAGCAUGAAGCUGUUGUAGACUGAAUCACCUCAAUUUGCUUUAUCUGGAUGGUGCUUGUCAAGCUCAGUUUCCCUCUGUCCAAAUGCCCAGCUUGCCCGUUAGAGCUGAAUGCUUUGGGAACAUGUAAUUAAUGUACAGCAAGGCCAUCACUUCACUUGCCACACAGUCCUUGAUACUUGAGUUUAAAAUCUGGAUGAUACUUGGCCAGUGACACUCUCUGGUGAGAGCCCCAAGUCCACCCACCUCAGCAUGGAUCUUGUCAGCUGGAGCUCCCACCCUCAAGCUGUGCAGCUGACUCCUCUUUCCUGGCUUUUCUCCUCUCAUUGCAUUAAUCUUGCCUUCAGCCUGUCAUCAGGAGGUCCAAGCAUCCUUCCUAGAGAUGGGAAACCCUGGUGAGGAGGAGGGACCUCAUCUUCCUCCUGCCCCAGCCUCGGGUGGUUGAUGGACAGCAGGGUGGGGACAUUCCCCAAGUCUUUGUUUUUUGGGUGCUGGAGUUGGAAGGGGCUGGAGCUGCUGCAGUGAUCUUGGGGCUGACAAGGGGGUUGCUCAUGCUCUGCUGGAUGUGGGAGUCCUCAAGGGCUGCCCUGGGACUAUGGGGAGAGCUGGGGCCUCCUGGAUGCUGCCUCAGCUCUGCACUUGCUCAUUACAGCCCAGGCUAUGAGUGACCUUCAUAGUCACAGCUCCAGGGUUCUCACCAGCACUGUCUGACCUUACUCUGAUGGACAGUGACAAUCUGCUUCUAAAUAUCACUCUAUUCCUUCUAAUUUGCUUUCCAUCAUGCUUUGCUGUGUUUCUUCUUAAUUCCACAGUUCUGUUUCUCAGCUUGCCUAAUAAACUGAUGUGGUCAAUCUGGCUGAA